UUUGAUGAUCAUCUCUGGUUUCAUAUUGGUCAACAGCUCCUUUAGUUAUAAUUUUCUUUGGAUCCUAGGAAGGCAUAAAUGCCAGAAUCAUUGCUGCGAAAUACAUUCCUGGGCACAUCAAAGCUAAUUAGAAAAAUAUUACAGUUAUAGAAACUGAUAAGCUUCCAUAUAACGAAAAAUCUCUUAAAAUAUCGAUGUCAUUGUCCCUGGAGUCAAUCAUAAGAAUCAUCAGCACAAUUACGUUAACAACCCGAUACCUCCAAUGAUUAAGCCAGAGAUCAUUUAAAUCAAUUUCUUCCAACCAGACAUCUAAAAGUGAAUAUCGCUAUCAAGAAGAGUCCAACGUUGAUAAAAUAACAGAUCAAUCUGCUAGCUCCUGCUUGACCUCCUAAGGCAAAGGUAGAAGUCAUCAUAAAGUGCAACAAACAGACCACAAUGGAGAUCGACAGAAAGCAUCGGAAUAAUUGCCAGAGCUUGGCGAUAGAGUGGAUAUUUUCCUAAGUGUUUCUCAUGUUCUGGUUUAAUAUUUAUUCCUUG